AUGCGUGUGUCUCCCAGCCUCUGCACAAGCACGUCUCCCCCCGCACCCCCAUGUCGGACGCCUCCCGCCCCAGCCGGGUGCCCGCUUUCCCCUGCGGCCGCUGCGGGGCCGAGUUCCCGCGCCCGCUCGCACCCCGAGGGCCGUGGCUACGCCUGCCCGACCUGCGGCAAGGCCUUCGCCCGCUCCUGGGCCCUGCUCCGCCACGAGGCCGCGCACCGCGGGGAGAAGCCCUUCCGCUGCGCCCAGGCAGCUCAGCUGGCGACCCACGGGCGGUCGCACACGGGCGAGCGCCCCUUCGCCUGCCCGACCUGCGCCAAGGCCUUCACGUCCUCCUCCCACCUGGCGCAGCCCCGGCGCACCCACGGGGCCGAGCGCCAGCACGCCUGCCCGCUGUGCGGCAAGACCUUCCUGCGGCCCUGGGACGUUCCACACGGGCGAGCGGCCCUUCCGCGGGUGCACACGGGCGAGCGGCCCUUCCGCUGUGAGCGCUGCGGCAAGAGCUUCGCCCGCUCCUCCGUGCUGGCCAAGCACACCCGCAGCCACAUCGGCGAGCGGCCCCACCGCUGCCAGGCCUGCCCCAAAGCCUACGGCACCGCCUCCCAGCUCACGGAGCACCAGCGGGUGCACACGGGCGAGCGGCCCUUCCUCUGCUCCGUCUGCGGCAAGACCUUCGCCUGCUCCUUCCUGCUGCGCCGCCACCUCAAGCUCCACACCGGGGAGCGGCCCCACCCCUGCCCCGAGUGCCCCAAAGCCUUCAAGACCUCAGGGCACCUGCAGAAGCACCGGCUGAUUCACACCCGGGACAGCGCGGCUGGCGGGAGGAGGCAGCGGCGGAAACGGGAGGCGGGGCCGGGGGCGGAGUGA